CUUUGACGUUCCUCUUUGCUUCUUGUCGUGCGUAGCAAUCGUAGCGUAACCUAGAAUUAUUUGCCAUUUUGUUUUGUUUGAUAUCGUGUGGUGUUUCGCUUUCCGGCGCGGCGUUCUUUUAAGUGUUUCCAAAAAUUUCAAUUUAACUUGUAAAGAAAAUGAGUACCAAACGCAAACACGAAUCCGAAAACGAAGACGCUCCCGAACCUUUUGAAAGUUCCGGAGACGAGUGGGAUGGUCAGGCGGGAAGAAAGUCCGCCAGGGUGGUUAAGAAAGCGAAGCGAGUAGCGGAAGACAGUGAUGAUGAAGAAGAUAAAGAUGAGGGGGAAUUUUCAGAGGAAGAACCGAAAUAAGGCAAAAAGGCCGGCCCCAAGGGCAAGGAUAAUGAAGAUGGCGAGGGGUCUGAUGGGGAUUUCAAAGGAGAGGAGCAGCCACAAAAGAAAAAACCUGGACAAAAGAAAGCUGCGACUAAACCCGCAGCUAAAUCUUCAGCUAAAGCCACUCCAAAAAAGAAGGCGGCUACCAAUGAAAGUGAAGGUGAAGAAGACUCUUCUGAAGAGGACAAUUCAGAUAAUGAAGAUUCAUCUGGUUCUGACAAAUCGAAAACUAUACAACCCCUUCCAAAAACAAUUUAUUCUGAAGAUUUUGCAACCGACUCAUUCGUCAUACUCAGAAAAGAUAUCAAAGGUGGACCUCAAGCGCGUCCAGUCAUUUGGAGGAUUGAUGGAAAAGCAAUAUUGCAAAAAUUUGAAGCAUUUGAUGAGGGCGAUAAAGUCCAACAUAGAAACACUCCUAUUUACACUGGUUGGUCUCCCUUGGACCAAGAGCUUUAUGCCCCCCUCAAAGUUGAUGUGAAAUCUCAAUUCAAGAGUAAUUUGGAGGUUGUGGAGGUGUACUGGAACGAAUUGAGUGCUGUUGAUGAUAGUGAUUAGUUGUAUUAUUGCUGUCUUAAAUGUCACUUUGAAGUACUACAAUUUUUAUUUUGAUUAGUCAUAUUAUAAGUGUAUUUCUAUUUCAAAUUUCAAUAGGCAAAGCAAAUCUUGUUUUUUUUUUUCUUUUAUUUUCCUACUGUUAACCUUUUUUAUGUGAGUUUUGUUUGAUUUAGCGACAAAUCUGAUUUACUAUAAAGUAAUUUUUUGAUUAGGUAUUCAAAACCUACAUAAUAAUAGUGUCUCAUGAAUUUGAGUUUUAAGUUUUUAUAUCACUAUGUAUUACCUUUAAUUAAAUAUAGUUUUUCAUUUAAUUUAAUUUUCGUUUUAUUUAUUUGUCAAAACA